UGCCACAGAAAUUACAAAAUCAUUAUGGUGUUUGUUGUCUAACACACUUAGCUUCAGUUAUUAGUAUUUGAAUUGAGGCUUUAAUUAUAUUAUAGGUUGAGUUAGAGAAGCUAAGAUCCAGAGAUUAGAGCGUCCCUUUGUAUGCUCUCCGAGUCUCCCAACCUUGCCGUCCAUACCAAUUUAAAGAGUAGAUGACGAAGGAAGGAAGGAAGGAAAGCAAGUUGAAGCAAUACAUGAUAGCACCGUUUAGGAUUCUGAACAAAGCAAGGCAAUUAUACAUGAAGGGUGUGGUGGAAUGUGCUGGAGGUUAUGGCGGUUAUGCUGGUAAUAAUAAUGGAGGUGCUCUUAGUCCUGCUCUUGUUCAUGCCAUUCCUGAAGAAACGAGGGUGGUUGUGCACAGGAAGCAAAGAAGAGAGAAGAAAAUGAUGAGCUGCUAUAAUAAUGAGGAUGAACAAGAAGCAAUAAUGUAUCUUCUUCUCAACAACCGCCCUCUGCAUUAUUCAUGAAUUCAAACAAGAACUUCAAUUGAAGGCGCAAUUCUCUUCAUUUAUGAUUCACCUCGUCCAUAUAUAGCUUUGCCAUGUGUUUUGCAUAUGUUAUAUCUAUUUAGAUUUUGUAUGUGAUGGAUUUAUAUAUAUAUGUAAAAAUUGUUGGUAUUUGCAUGCUAUAUGUAUUGUUAUUCAUGUUCACUAUUUUAUUUGAUAUAUCUACUAGUAGAAUCUUUAAUCAUGCAUACAUGUUAAUUCAAUCUUGCUUGCACUGAUUCAACAACCAAAUCACUAAAUACAAACCUUAGCUUCAGAGAUUUGCAUGGAAAUUAUGAUAAGAAGUUAGGUAGAAAGAGUGGUAGUUGGAAGUGUGGUGAGACGAUUAAGUAACAGGCACUAUAAGUCUGAAGCUCAAGCUCAACUCAAGUUGCUAUCUACCAUGGCAUUCAGGAAACUAACUAACAUGACGAUCCUCGUGCUCAUUCUCAUUCUCAUUCUUGUCAUCACUGCCAGUUCUUCUAAACCUGUUGACACGCUUCCUGGCUUCCCUGGCAAACUGCCUUUUAACCUUCAAACUGGCUAAUAAUCAAUUAAUAAUGUUGUAUUGCAAAGUUAUGUGGGAGUAGGGGACAUGGAAUCCGUGCAGCUAUUCUAUUGGUUCGUGGAAUCAGAAAGGAAUCCAGAGGAAGAUCCUCUUUUGCUUUGGCUGACUGGAGGCCCCGGUUGUUCUGGUUUCUCUGGCCUCGUCUUCGAAGUAGGUCCGCUUAUGUUUGAUUAUGCCAAAUCAAGAGGCAGCGGAACAUUACCUACCCUUAAGCUGAAUCCAUUCUCAUGGACAAAGGUAGCUAGCAUGAUCUUCAUAGAUGCCCCCGUGGGUACUGGAUUUUCUUAUGCCACAAAUCCCGAAUCUUAUGGAGUCACUGAUACUUUAGCAGCUGCACAUAAUUACCAGUUUUUGCGCAAGUGGCUUUUGUCCAAUCCCAAGUUCCAGAAGAAUCCACUAUACAUAGCUGGCGAUUCUUACUCAGGCAUAAUCCUCCCUAUUCUUGUCAAGACCAUAUCUGAUGGAAACGAGAUUGAAGGAGGAGGAAAAAGAAUGAAUCUAAAGGGAUACAUACUGGGAAACCCCGUCACAGAUUUGUCUGUUGAUAAAAACUGGAGAAUUCCAUUCUAUCACAAACUCGCCCUUAUUUCCGAUCAAUUCUAUCAGGCAACUAAAACAAAUUGCAAAGGUCAAUACAUAAACGUAGACUCAAGCAAUGCCGCAUGUUUCCAGAACCUCCAACUUGUAUCCGAGUGCGUUAGGAAUAUUUUUACAGCGCAAAUAUUAGAACCAAACUGUUUUGAUGCUGCCACAAAAGAGGCUAAAGCAUUUGGAUGGGAUCCUAGUAAUCUCACACACCAUAAUCAAUUGAACCUCCUCCUUCCUAACGCUUUUCACCACACCCCAACCUGGUGUCGGUCCUACAACUACGUCUUCUCUUACAUCUGGGCUAACGAUGGAGAAGUUCAAACAGCUCUUCACGUUCGGAAGGGAAUCAAGAUGGAAUGGAACAGAUGCAAUCGGAGUUUAUCUUACACCUAUGAUGUCACAAGCACUGUACCAUAUCACAAGUAUCUUAUUAACAAAGACUAUAAAGUUUUGAUUUACAGUGGAGAUCAUGAUGCAGUUAUUCCAUAUUUGGGUACAAUGACAUGGAUAAAAUCUCUGAAUUUGUCGCUCAAACGAGACUGGUUACCGUGGUAUGUAGGUGGACAAGUAGGAGGAUAUACAUUGCAGUAUACACAGGGGAAUUAUAACCUAGUGUAUGCAACUGUGAAGGGAGGGGGACACACCGCACCUGAGUACAGGCCUGAAGAAAGUCUUGCUAUGAUAUCUAGGUGGCUUGCUGGUUUUCCUAUCUAAUUAAAACUAUGAAGCAAGUUGCUAUAUUCGCGUGUCCGAUACAUUUUGGACGCGACAUUCAUUGAUAUUUGUUCGUAUGUUUGUUAUGUCCAAUUAUGUCUUAACGAAAAAUAAAAAAAUUUUCUCUGGAUAAACACGC